GCGCCAGAAGUGGCGGGCAUUCUGGGUAAUGAGCUGUUUACUUCCGGCGGGAGAGGAAGCUGUGGCAGUAUUCCUCGGUGUUGUUUUUACCGUCGGAAAGGAUGGCCCUGGAGACGGUACCGAAGGACCUGCGGCAUCUGCGGGCUUGUUUAUUGUGUUCGCUGGUCAAGACCAUAGACCAGUUUGAAUAUGACGGUUGUGACAAUUGCGAUGCAUACUUACAGAUGAAGGGUAACCGAGAGAUGGUAUACGACUGCACCAGCUCUUCCUUUGAUGGAAUCAUUGCCAUGAUGAGUCCAGAGGACAGCUGGGUUUCCAAGUGGCAGCGAGUCAGUAACUUUAAGCCAGGUGUGUAUGCGGUGUCAGUCACUGGUCGCCUGCCCCAAGGAAUCGUGCGGGAGCUGAAAAGUCGAGGAGUGGCCUACAAAUCCAGAGACACAGCUAUAAAGACCUAGCAAGAUACAGGGCUGCCGUCAUCUUUGCUGAACUAAAUGGGCAGAACUUUAGAUACUCCCCACCCUCCAAUUCUGAAACUUAGCAGACUGUUAAGAGAGCAGCACAUCAUGUCCCUGAGCCAUUUUUAUCUUUGGACUACUGGUGGAGGUGGGAGGGAUUUGGGUUGGUGGAUUAACAGAGACUGAAUUGAGGGAAGAGGAGGAUGCUUGUUUUCGUAUCCACAGCCCAGGGCUACACCCUUGCCCAUGGGUAGGACUCUGGGUCAAAUGCCAAUAAAUAUGAACCUCUAGAAAAUUCUUAAGGCCAUGACAUAUGUCUUGCCUCCUUCCCUUUCUCUUAGCUGGGUACAAGAAGAGCUUACUUGCCCUACAGGCACCUUCUCAGAGUGGUGGAGACCCUUCUGCUCCCUGCUGCCUGUCUCUGAGCCUGCAGGGUUACAGCCUUUUGAGUGUGCUUUCUUGGUUCAUUGGAAGGUUUGCUGUCCUCAGGCUAGGUAACCACAUCAGCCUGGAAAUCCCAGUGUCUAGUGGUUGUAUCCUUCUGCCCUCUAGACUUGGCACAGCUGUGUCUCUUGAGGAAAUCCUGAGGCUUCUUAUUGCCCUAUGCCUCUUAACCAUGUUUACUAUUUCUUUUUUUCUUUCUUUGUCUAUUUUCUUUUUAUUGUUCUUACUAUAUCUUGGGCUACCUACUCACAUUUCACUUUCUUCUAACUGGAGACCCUCAGGGCUUAGGUGGCUGCCUGGCCUUGGUCUGUCUGCCUCUGUUUGGGCCUUCGUAGGAGGUGAGCCUUUCUUUUUCUGUUCUGGCCUAGUAAGGGGGCUUAGGUAAUAUCACAAUAUUGGCCAAGGUGAGUUAUUUGUUUUAGAAUAAAACAAUUCACCAUAAAUUCUCAUUUACUUAAAUUUCUACAGAAAUCCUGGUAGUGUGCCCAUUUUGAUUUCCCUAAAUUUCUUGUUCACCUAUAAAACGGAAAUGAUCACACCCUGCCUAUUUACCUCAGGAUUGUCGUGAUUAUAGAAAUUAAGCAAUAUGAAUAUUUUAUAACAUAAAUCUUGCAAAAAGUAAAAUUCGUAUGCUCUCAUUUUAUUAGUAACUUUUCAACAUAUAUAAUGAUUUCACAAUCAGCCAAAAUAGUGGAGGGAAAUGCCCAGAACCACAACUGCAGGGUGAGCUCUGACUCAUUAGCAGAGGUGCCUGUACUAGGGCUUUGUGUCUCUUAGCCACCUGGUGUUGCUGUUGAGUCGAUUUCUAUUGUUACCUGUGCCCCGGAGUGUGGGAAGGAAGAGAGAUGCCGACUUGACUCCAGUAUCUGUCCCCUCUUGUCCUCUUGUGGGCCCAUGGAAAGGAGCCUGGGACUGGCCAUGCUGCUCAUAUCCACUCACAGAGGUCUGCAAACCAGAACCUUUUUCUCUGGUGCCUUCAAGCUCUGAGCGAAUGGUCUGAUAAUCCCAAUUCCAAACUUGAGUUGUACAAAAAUUUCCCCAUCCCUGCAAACUGAAAGAGCUCCCUGGGUGGUGAUUUCUGUUCAAUUUCAAUCUGAAAGCACCGGUGCCAGGCUAGAGCUUGCAUCCUGGGGGGAAGAAGUAGGUUUCAGCAAGAGUGCCCAGGCUGUGCAGCCAACACCCAACUUUCACUGGCUUUCUGAAAAAGUCCCUUGGAAAGCCCCAGCUGCUGUCCUGGGCGUCUGACCCGGACGUGGCUGCUUUGUGAGAAUGGAAACAUUUGUGGGGAGGGGAGGCAAGAUGAGGUGUGCACAAAUAACCACACUUAGUCUGCCUUAGCCCCACACUGAGCUGAGCUCUAACUGUCAGUCUUACAGGAAGCGAAAGAUGAUGGUUGUGGGGGUGGGGUGGCCUGUUGCUAUGCCUGGAUUCCACAGACUACCAAGUGGGUUCUGUCUGGGAGCUGCUUCUAUAUUAGCUCUUGCCUUCUCUGGCUUGGAACCUGCAUGUGGUGCCACAUAGCAGCCUAGACAGGCAGCAAGAUGCCAGAGUUCCAUCCUUCACUGGGAGCCCAAAGAAGCUAAAAUGAGGACUUGGUUCAAGGCUCCCCCCAGGAGUGAGAAGUGCUGUGCAGAAGAAGGGUCCCAAGUGCUGGUACUGCUGCCCUGCUUUCCGUAGCCAUGAGGGCUUUGUUCUGCUCAUUAUGUCUGGUCAAAGUUUCACCGCCAUUCUGGCUGCUAAGGUUCUGGGUCUGCCCAGUGUCUUAAGAUUUCUCCUUGCUUGGUCUCUUGCUCAGUAGUUCGGCUUUCUCCUUCAGAAGGGCAAGGCUACUCCCUUGUUCAACAAAGAUGGACUCAAGUCAGACAGACUAGGAACAGUAGUAGCCAGGCUGUCCUCACCUUGCCUGUCUAUUCCCCAUUGUCCCACCACAUGCUGUGGGGCUAGGGUUUCCCAAAAAGUGAAGGGCAAGUGGCAGUGCACUGAUGAGUGCAGCCUCCAGCCCAAGAAGGGACUGGUAGCUGACAGCAAGGAUCAGGAUGUCUGGUCUUGAAGGGGAGCAGUUUCCCCAAGAAUGAUGGUGAGCUGGCGAGGGCCUAAAUGCAGGCCUGGCUCACCAGGUUUGGGGACUGAUGCUCUUGGUGUGGCCACUUACCCUGUUAUUCUCAGCCCGGCUACAACCUGCUCCUCAAUUCUUAGCCACCCCCUCCGUCUGAUCUCUAUAUGUAUAAAAGAGGCAGGUAGGUAAUGUUUAACAACAGACUAAUAAUAACUGUCUCAAAAUCUGGUUCAUGUUUAUUUAGUAUCAGUAAAGCCUUUCAUGGAAAUAUCAUUUUACAGUUGAUAAAGGGCUUUCCCCUGUCUCAUUUGAUCCUCACAAAACCCCUGGGACAUGUUAACAUCCUUAUUUAGUGAUGAGGAGACAGUCUCAGAGAGUUAGAGUGACUUGGCCAUGACCAAGUAAUGGAGCCUUAGCUCAAGAAAUAAAAUGCCCACACCAGUUAAGGGCUGCUGUCUCUGACAUAUCCCCAAACAGCAAGCUUUGCUCGACUGUUCCACAGAACCAGUGUAAGGCAUUAGCUUUCUGUUGAGUGAAGUUACAACACAUUUUCCCUACACUUUGAGCUCCACCAACCACCCUACUCCCCCUACUCAAGUCCUCAAGCCUAAAAUUAGCCAAAGAGAUGGAGGCAGUGGGGGCAAUGGAUUAUGGGAUUUACACAAGGAUCCCUAUGCAGAGCAUUGGGAAACCAGUCAAGCCCUUCUCCAGUUCCCCUGGCUGCAUCUUCUGUUCCACUCCAGCAGCUCUUAGGCUCCUGCUGAUGUGUGCCGCACACCCGCCUCCAUCUGCAGCUUGAUGAUGGCACUAUUGCAGUCCACUGGAACACAGAUUCAUGUGUGCUAAAAACACAUGUAUCCAACUGAGAGCACAGUCGCCGCCUCCCCACCCCCUAGCCACUAGCUAUGACUUUUAUGUCACCUUAUUUCUCUAAAAAGUUUCUUCUCUAUGAAAUACAACUGACAAAACUAGGUGUUUGGUUGGCAGGAUAGUGGUUACCUGUGACAGGUGGGGGGUGAAAGAAGGCAUGAGAUCCACUUAAGAUGGUGGUUAUAUUGUUUCUUGAUCUUGAUGCUGAUUAUGAGGGUCAGUUCACUUUCUGAAAAUUGUUAUAUACUUGUGAUUUUUUCACUUUGCUGUCAUACUUCAAAUAAAUAAUUUGCUUAAA